UCAGAACUUUGAGCACUGUGAGGGAACGGCUUUUUGCUCUGUGUAUUUUGUGUUGCCAUUCCUUCUCUCAUGCAUUUCUCCCUAUCCCUUGUGUUGUUCUCGUUCCAGAUCAUCAAUAACCAUGAACAGCCUGUGCAGAGAUGGUUUUCUAGAUUGUGGCAUGGAUAUGUGAUCUCAGCAUGUUUUAUGGAUCACCAGUUUGGUUGGUCUCAGUUGCCUUAAAGUGCACAAAUGAGUAGUGAUUUGUAAUUGGCAAAUGUAAUUGUUCUUUCGACUGCAUUGAUGUCUUGUGCAUACACUGCUUUGAGUGUGAUGCUGGAGGACUAGUGAUCUCUUGUGCAGUGUUUCUCAGUGGUUCCCUAAUAACCCAGAAUUGGAAAUCUGAAAUUUGAGGUUGGGAUCAUAAGCAACCUCUGUGACGGUUCUCAAUUGUGCUGAAAAUUCACCUCUUUGCCAAGUGCAACUGAUUGCCAUUAUUAUCUUGCUUAGUGUUUAGUCCAAGCAAGUGUAAAUUCUUGGUGCAGUGUCAGUUAAUCACAAGUUAUACAAGCUGUGAACUGGUGGACCCAGAUCCUUGCCUGUGCUGCAGCUGUGAGGACGGACAGAAUACGGUACCAAGAAGAGAAGAGCCAUUUACUCAAGGACUGGCCGAGGAUCCUGGAGGUCUCAGGGAUUUAUGAACAUGCUUUUGAGCCAUCAGUUAUAUAGAAUUUUCACUGUUCCCUUUAUGACGUUUUACUGAUCAUCAAUGUAUUAUAUGGUUUUAGGGUUCUUGAAAUUCUUUAUUUAUUGUGUUUCAUCCAUUUUCAGGCCUGUGUAUUUGUCAUCCAUGAAACUAACCCCUCAUCAUCACAUAUAUCAUUCAACUGUAAAUAAUUUGUGCCAACUUAAUUUAGAGUUCAUCUGGUUGACUGGUCUCGUGUUUGAUUUUUCUUGCUGUUAGGUUCUUUCAACUAGUUUUCCAUGAGAUAAAAGCCAAUACGUACUAUAUUGGUCGUACCGGGCCUUUGGAGAAGGUUAGGAGUGCCCCUAACAGCACGACAUCGUGAGCCCGGUCCAAACUCCAAGAUGGCAUCCACUCCUACCACCAGCAUAUCGUCUUCUUAUGAAAAAACUGCAUCUCCCGAAUGUCGUACCAAUGUGAUCACUGAUGCUGAAAGCAAAGAGUUUUCAUCUGAUCAAUUGGACAGAAGCACGUUGUUUGUUGUUGCUCUUCAUGAAAUUGGUCAGGUUGUUUUGAAGGCUAUUUUUAGGAUGCAGUAUCUUCACAAAGAUAACAAGUCGCUGUCUGAUGAGGAUAAACCAAUUACUCUUGCAGAGUGGCUAAAGAACUGUAAUAUUACUUCACGUGAUAAACGAAAGACAAUAUUUGGGAGCAAAUUCGAAACGAAACUAAAGAACCUUAGUGGAGAUCCUACUAAAGGAAAAUUCGAUUUUGUCACAUAUCAUAAAUUCAUCACAAAAAUUAAUAAAGACUUCUAUAAAGAAAAAUACUGUGCUGAAUGCACGGAAGAAUUUGAGAAAAUUCAUUCAUUGAGAAACACUGUGUGCCAUUAUGGACCUCUGCACAAUAAUGAAAAUGAUGUCGAUAAACUUUUCGAACGAUUCAAGAAGUUACUGAAAUGUGCUUCCAAGGAUUUAGGAUACAAAAGUAAAGAUAUUGAACCUGUCAUAGAGGACAUUCAAGAAGUAAUGAAAUGUAUUAGAAAAAGCACUGACAUGCUGAAUCACCGAAAGAAAAUCAUGAUUCAGCUUGCUGAUGAUCCAUGCUUGAGUUUUCUCAGAUGUAGCCAAUACGAGCUAAGCCAAAGAAAUGAUUUAAACAGAAAAUUUUCAGUUCCCUUCUAUUGGAUUCAUGAUGUAACUAAAGAUAAUAAAGGUGGCAUUUUAGAGCCCAUCUCCAUGAAUGUAUACGCCAUUCCAUGCCUGAAACGUCAGUCAUCCAAUUUAUCUCAGUCAUCCAAUUUAUCUCCCAAAGAUAUCUUCAUGCCUAUCAAUUCUACGACCACUGACCGCCCCCAAGUGAUGCUCGUCUACGGCAAUGGAGGCUGCGGCAAAACUACACUUAGCUAUCACAUUUUCUCGGAGUGGCACAAUAAAAGCAGGAAAUCUACUCAAGAAUUGCUGUACUACGGACUAGAUUCCUUUGAUCUCGUCGUCUUGGUGGAGAUGCGGGCUACUCGAUAUGAUGCAAAUCGGGAAUGCAAGUCACUCAUGCAGUUUCUUGAUAAAAUUUUCCUGCCUAAUUCUGUAAAUUCUACUCACGCUGGCAAAAAAGUUUGCAAAAAUGUGCCAGAAUACCUUCUUAGUCUGAAAACACUCUACAUCAUUGAUGGCUUUGAUGAAAAAAAUAGCGAAAAUGUGGAGCUUGUGCGAGACAUAGCUACAUUUAUGAAAUCAAGAUCAAACCAUGUCAUAUUGACCACACGUCCCGAGUUUUUGUGUGAUGCCCAAAAAAUUUUCCGAGACCACACUUCAGAAGCAAAUAUUUCUGAAAUUCAAAUGAUUGGAUUUGAUGAAGAAGGUCGUGAAGAUUUUUCUGCUCAGUUUUUUGCUUCCCCGGAUGUUAACAAAUCUAAUUCGCACAAAAAAACUGCUAAAGAAUUUUGUGAAUUUAUGAAUCAACGAACAGAAAUUUUGAAUGAGUAUUUGAACUUUCCCUUGACUGUGGCUUUGCUAAUUCUCUUGUUUCUGAAGUGUGACGCGUCCAUAUUGAAUGCAAUCUGCUCAGGUACUAAGCUCUACUUGGAGCUCUUCAAUAUGUUGACUAGUAAGCUGGUGAAAGCUCGAAAACAUUCAGCUACUCACAAUGCUCAGAUCAGAGAACGUGACGUUGCUGUUGUUCUCGAUGAACUUGCUCAUAUUGCCAAGAACUCUCUUUUCUCUUCGUCUUUCAGGAUUGAAAUUAAUAACGCAGAGAGUGGAGAUCUCAGCCGGGCAUGUGAAAAAAGACAAAUAGUUCCGGUUGAGUUUUUCUCAGCUUUCUUGCUAUACUACAGUCCUGAGACAAGCAAAGAUGAUCACCGUCGCCGCCCUCCGGCCACGAAGGUUGAGACCUUCUCUUUCUUCCAUCGCACUGAAAUGGAAUUUUUAGCUGGGAAAUUCUUGGCAAGCGAAUUAGCGUCGGAGCCAUUAUCUUGUCAAGCUCCUGGAAAACCGUUAACAGUGGAAGAAUUGGUUGACGAAGUUCGUAAAACGGACCAUAAACUUCCAUACUCGGGUGUUCUACCGUUUCUGGUUGGCUGCUUGGCUGUUGAAAGGAAACUGGAUAAACAUUCUUCUGGUAUUGCUGAUAUUGUGAGAAUAAUGAACUUUUCAAGUAAUGACUUCAACUUAUAUUCAAAGCUGGUCAUUGAAAGCCACACACGCAAAGGCAGUGAAAAAAACAAUUUUGUUGAUAAUUGUGAGAGGCUUUUCUGUACUCAAGUUGCCAACCUAAUGCCUCAGACAGAAUGGCAUUUGAGUGCCGAUACUGUGCUGGCUGGUUUGCGACUUCUGAAGCACUGCUUCAAUGUAAGUCUACAGGACUUGACCAUUGAUUUACAAAUGGACGUUAACCCCGACAAUGCCAACGACCACCUAAGCUCCUUACAAACCAGCCUGUCACAAGUGGGGUUGGCACUAAGACAACGCAAGAGGAACAAAAUAAGUAUGUGUUUUCAUCUCCAGAAUCACUACGAAAAUGAUGGAGGUAAAUCUGAGAAAUACUUGGCCGCUCUUGAUGGAUGGGCGAACCUCGUUAAGUUUACUGGAGCCAUUAACAGCGAAGGUGUGAAGCAUCUAUCUAAUUUCAAGAAUUUGAAGUUUUUGAAUCUUAGAAUAUCAACGAGUAAAGACUUCAAUGAAUUCAUCAAGCACUGUUAUAUGCCGGCACAACAUCUGAAGCAACUUCAGCUGGUGCUUGCUUUUCCUACUUCCACAGAGCCGUCGGAUCUGGAAAAGUUUGAGAGAAAUACCUCACCUUCCAAGGGGAAAAAUAGACGGCAUGCAUCCACACACACGGAAGUUCAUUUGCGUUUUUACCGCAUCAAGCGUGCAUCCUUGCCUUGGGCUCUCAACAUCAUUGAACAUUUAUGGACUGAGAGUUUGGGCCGCUUUGACCGCAUCACGUUUCGAAGUGUGGACUUCGACCGCUCAAAGGACCCGCAGAUCAUCCGGGCCAAGUUGAAAAAUUUGGUCUUUGAUAAAGUAACGGUGAUCGCCAAGGCGCCGAGCACUGGACGAAGGGGGCCUGAACUCCUCUCAGGAAGGACGGAUAACACGUUUAUGUUUGAGUGGGAUGACAGCUAGACUGAAGCUUGGUUAAAGCAGGUUGCAGAGUAGGGGACGGAUAACACGUUUAUGUUUGAGUGGGAUGACAGCUAGACUAAAGCUUGGUUAAAGCAGGUUGCAGAGUAGGAUGUUCUCUUUGUUCAAACCGAAAGCCAUAAAUUCUACUAUGUACUGUACAGUGAGAUGUUUGCUUUGAGUCAUCUUUUUAUAAGUUAUUUCUUAUUUGAGUUAGAUAUUAAUUUGUGUAAAUAUCUGUUCUGCAUUUAAUUUGGUAGGAUGUGCGUGUUGAACAUGAGAUUUAUGCUACUUAUAUGAAUAAUUUGCAUAGUGCACCUGCCACCAAAAAAUGCAUUUUCC